AUGAUAUUCCNUCUUCAACAAUGGAAUCAACAACUGACUCAAAUCAAUGAAGAAUUGAUGAAACCAACAAACAUCAAAGUGAAACAAAGUUCAACACCGCUGAUAACAAUGAUCAAUGUUGAAAUAGUUGAUAAGGAUCUGAGUUCACAUAAAAAUAUUGACUUACUUUUUGUAGAGAUGACAAAUAUCAGCGCAAAGACGAAGUGGAUUCAGAAUGGAGUGACAGUGGCUGGAGGUCAUGGACAAGGCAAUGGACGUAGCCAAUUAAAUAACCCAUUUAACAUGUGCAUUGAUGGGAAUCAGACCAUCUAUGUUACUGAUACUGAUAAUCAUCGUGUAGUGGAAUGGAAGAAAGGUGCGACGACUGGUCGGAUAGUUGCUGGUGGAAAUGGACAAGGAAAUCAAAAUGAUCAGUUACAUGGUCCAGGCUGUGUUCUCGUGGAUGAGAAGACAGAUUCGUUGAUUAUAAGUGAUUGCAAGAAUAGAAGAAUAAUGCGAUGGUCUCGUCAGAAUCGCACAAGUGGACAAGUGAUCAUUUCCCAUGUCACAUCUUAUGGAAUAGCAAUGGAUAGUGAAGGGAAUCUCUAUGUUUCCGACUGGGAUAAGAGCGAAGUUCGACGAUGGAAGAUUGGUGAUGAAAGUGCAGGAGAAGUCGUCGCAGGUGGAAAUCGCAAAGGAAAUCGACUUGAUCAACUGAAUAAACCUUGUGGUGUGUUUGUGGACAAGAAACAGUCUGUAUAUGUGGUAGACAAUGGUAAUCACCGAGUGAUGAAGUGGGUGAGAAAUGCGAGAGAAGGUAUUGUUGUUGCAGGUGGUCAAGGUCUAGGAAGCAGUUUGUUACAACUGAGUCAUCCUUACGGAGUUGUAGUUGAUCAGUUAGGAAGUGUUUAUGUUGCAGAUCAAUAUAAUCAUCGAAUCAUGCGAUGGUGUGUGGAUUCACGAGAAGGAAAUGUGAUAGUUGGUGGAAAUAGACAAGGAAAGGGAAUAGAUCAACUGUGUCAUCCAUUGAGUACAUACUGGAGAGCAAUCUUAAAUGCUGAGCUUCGAUAUAUUGAGNUAAAUGACUUAACAAAACAACUGAGAGAAGGUCGAGAAGAUGAUGACUUUGUGGAAAUAGAUCUUCAACAAUGGAAUCAACAACUGACUCAAAUCAAUGAAGAAUUGCUGAAACCAACAAACAUCAAAGUGAAACAAAGUUCAACACCGCUGAUAACAAUGAUCAAUGUUGAAAUAGUUGAUAAGGAGACGACAAAUAUCAGUGCAAAUACGAAAUGGAUGCAGAAUGGAGUGACAGUGGCUGGAGGUCAUGGACAAGGCGACGGACUUAAUCAAUUAAAUAGUCCAUACGGCAUGUGCAUUGAUGGGAAUCAGACCAUCUAUGUUGCUGAUUAUGGUAAUCAUCGUGUAGUGGAAUGGAAGAAAGGUGCGACGACUGGUCGGAUAGUUGCUGGUGGAAAUGGAGAAGGAAAUCGAAAUGAUCAGUUAUAUCGUCCAACAUCUGUUGUCGCGGAUGAAAAGACAGAUUCGUUGAUUAUAAGUGAUUUCAAUAAUAGAAGAAUAAUGCAAUGGUCUCGUCAGAAUGGCACAAGUGGACAAGCGAUCAUUUCCAAUGUCACAUCUUAUGGAAUAGCAAUGGAUAGUGAAGGGUAUCUCUAUGUUUCCGACUUGGAUAAGAGGGAAGUUCGACGAUGGAAGAUUGGUGAUAAAAGUGCAGGAGAAGUCGUCGCUGGUGGAAAUGGCAAAGGAUAUCGACUUGAUCAACUGAGUUCCCCUUGUGGUGUGUUUGUAGACAAGAAUCAGUCUGUAUAUGUGGUAGACAAUGGUAAUCACCGAGUGAUGAAGUGGGCGAAAGAUGCGAGAGAAGGCAUUGUUGUUGCAGGUGGACAAGGUCUAGGAAGUAGUUUGUCACAACUGUAUCAUCCUAGGGAAGUUGUAGUCGAUCAGUUAGGAAGUGUUUAUGUUGCAGAUCAAGGUAAUCAUCGAAUCAUGCGAUGGUGUGUGGGUUCACGAGAAGGAAAUGUAAUAGUUGGUGGAAAUGGAUUCGGACAGGGAACAAAUCAGCUGCAUUGUUCUAUGAGUAUGUCAUUUGAUGAAGGAAAUAACUUAUAUGUGAGUGAUUAUCGUAAUCACCGAAUUCAGAGAUUUAAUGUUGACGUGAAAUGA